AACAACGGUCAAACUCAACCAAAUCUCUCUCGGCCAGUGCGGGGAAAAGGGCGAAUCCGAGAGACAUCGCUAUGGUAGGGAUAAAGAGGAAAGCAUCGGACGAUGUCGCAGAGGUGGACGACCGACCGGGAGCCGAUUCCCGACUCGGACUACCCACCGGUGGUCCCGGGCGCAUUCAACCGAAUCCCGGUCGAACCGGUCGCACCGGCCGUCCGGCGCCUGGGGUAUCCGCCGAUGGCUACUUUCGGCACCUUUAUGCUUCCGAGCCCGACUUCAAGCACCUUGCCAGGCAAGACUCUCAGUUUGCAGCAGCCCUCCAAGACAACGGGCAGCUGGACUUUAGCGACCCAAACGCCACUAUGCAGUUGACAAGAACACUUUUGGGGAUCGACUUUGGCUUGAAGCUGGACCUUCCUGAGGACAGGCUGUGCCCUCCAGUCCCAAACCGUCACAAUUAUAUCCUAUGGCUGAAAGAUCUCAUGGAUACAACCUCAUACGAACCGCCUAGUCGAAAGUUGUGCGGGCUCGAUGUUGGUACAGGCGCAAGUUGCAUUUACCCUCUCCUCGGAACUGCUCAGCGGCAAUGGAUCUUCGUGGCAACAGACAUUGACACGAAGAACUUGGAUUAUGCAAGAAAAAACAUCCAAAUCAACGGCCUGGGAGACCGGAUUCGGCUCCUGGAGCGGAAACCAGAUGAUCCCCUGAUACCACUCGACGAGGCGGGUAUCCCGUCCAUCGACUUUGUCAUGAUGAACCCGCCUUUCUACUCCUCAGAGGAGGACAUGGUAUCGUCAGCAGUGAAGAAAGCGCGGCCACCAAUGUCCGCUUGCACCGGCGCACCGGUGGAGAUGGUUUGUGAUGGGGGCGAGGUGGCUCACGUUGGCCGGUUGUUGCGCGAAUCGCUGGUUUUGCGGGGCCGAAUCCAAUGGUAUACGUCGAUGCUUGGAAAGCUUACUAGCCUUGAUGCUCUCAUAGAUCAGCUCCGUGAGCACGACAUCGACAACUAUGCCGUUACCGAGUUUGUACAGGGGAACAAGACGCGCCGGUGGGCGCUGGGAUGGAGUUUCGGGCAGAUGCGACCGGCGGAGCAUGUGGCGCGCGGGAUGAAGGCGAGCCAUUGGAGAAAGAUUCUACCAUCAUCCGUGAUGGCUGAGUUGCUGGUGCUGCCGGCUGACGAACCAGUCGAUCCGGUGAUCGCUGGGAUUCAGAAGGUCAUGGGAGAGCUGGAGCUGAUGUCUUGGAGGUGGGAACCGGAAACGGCAAAAGGGCUGGGGAGAACGAAGGAAAACGUGUGGAGUAGGGCUUGGAGAAGGAAAAAGCUCCAAGACGGGAGAGAAGGAGACCAGAAUGAAGCCUGCGCUGUCCUAACUACUGAGCCAAAGGAGUGCCGGCUCGGAUUCGAGGUUGGAGUCGUGGCCGGGAAGGCAGAGACAUGUGUCAGUCUGCACUGGCGCGAAGGUAACGACCCCUUGAUUUUCGAGAGCCUGAAAGGUUUUCUUCAGGGAAAGUUGAAGGCUACUCGGGAUCAAGUCGAGAGGGCAAGUAGUUAACGCUGUUAACCUGUCCGUUGGGUCUCAAUGGGGAACGGCAGUGAACGGGCUGUACUUAUUAAGAAACCACCCCUGUGGUGUUGGUGGGGUUGGUCGCGUAAUAUUCGUAGAUCGAUGCCGUAAUAACGUAAUUUCACCAUCGCCUCCUCGAGCCC